AUGGGGUCUCAAAUGGCCUCUAUUACUCUCACUAUUGCAUUCACAUUACUCUCUCUCACUUUGCCUUCUCAAGCUAACAACUACAUCUAUUCAUCUCCCCCACCACCCGUCCACUCACCUCCUCCACCUUAUCAUUACAGCUCACCACCACCACCUGUGCACUCACCUCCUCCACCUUAUCAUUAUAGUUCACCACCACCACCACUAGAAAAGCCAUACAAAUACCCUUCCCCUCCACCACCAGUUUACAAGUACAAGUCACCACCUCCACCAGUGUAUAAGUCACCUCCUCCAUCAUAUAAGUAUUCAUCUCCACCACCUCCUCCACACAAAUAUCUAUCAUCACCACCACCGGUCUACAAGUACGAUUCACCUCCUCCUCCUUACAAAUAUAUAUCUCCUCCUCCAACACCAGGAAAGCCAUUCAAAUUUCCACCUCCACCAACAUCAAUAUAUAAAUAUAAGUCUCCUCCUCCACCUGUCUAUUCACCACCAAUUUACAAAUAUAAAUCUCCUCCUCCACCUGUUUACUCACCACCACCACCCGUUUAUAAAUAUAAAUCUCCUCCUCCACCAGUUUACUCACCACCACCACCACCAGUUUACAAAUAUAAAUCUCCUCCUCCACCUGUUUACUCACCACCUCCACCACACUAUGUUUACUCUUCACCUCCUCCCCCAGUCUAUUCUCCUCCUCCACCACAUUAUGUCUACUCUUCACCUCCUCCCCCAGUCUAUUCUCCUCCUCCACCACAUUACAUCUACGCAUCACCUCCUCCACCUUACCACUACUAG